CUCAUCUGGGUUGAUCAGUCGACAAUCAAAAGAAGGCAGCAAUCCAUCAUCACAUAUCUAAAGAAACAUUGUCUAGUCCCACCAGCUGCACCUUCAUUUUUGCGAAAAUGGCGUUUCAACUGCCAUCUACAUAUACAGCCCCACCUGCAACGAGCGGAAACCCAACAUUUCUCGUAAAUCUUCCGUCUAGAGGGACUGCAUCCGCUUCUAAAUCGUCCAAAGCGGCGCCCAUCCGAUAUACAUCCAACGGCCACCGGGUUAGAGUCAAAUUACCACCUUCACCGAGCCCAUCUACUACUCGAUGGUCGUUGGAGACGCCUGAACAGGACGAAGAUGAUGACGAUGAUCUGAGUUUCGUCGGCAGUGAAAGUGAACAUUUAAGCGAUGAGAAUCGCGAAGAACUAAGUGAUGAUGGAGAUGAAACUAGAGACGAUAAUAGCGAGGAGCUUAGCGAUGAAGAUGGGGAAGAAUUCAGUGAUGAUGAUGGAGAAGAAUUUGAUGACGAGAUCCCUGAGGAAGAAGUAGCCUCUCUUCUUCUCGAAGCCAAGGAGUUAUCUGCGCCCACCCCAAUCCCACAUAUCGCAGUCGCGUCUCUCCCAGGAACAGUUGCACCUGAACGGGACGACAAAGACGGCAAGGAAACAACCCAGGCAAAUGUUACCGAGGAAGGUGAAACGGCGGGCAAGAGAGACGACCCACCAGCGGCUUCGGCACCUACAGCAAGUAGAAAACCGCCACCGUUCACAUUCGGAAACGCAUCACCCAUAGUCACCACGUCUGCUUCUCAACCUAUACCUGGUAGAGGAUCGACUCUGGACUUCGCUGCGGCUUGGAACAACAAUCUCGACCUUACUCUCCCCGAAUCCUGUCAGAUGAGCCUAUCUAAUAAUCUAUUAUUCAAUGAGGUGUUCAAAAUUCAAGAGAUAGACCGCAAAUCCCAUCCCUGCCGAGGCCUUGACGCACAAGGCGCUCAGUGUAAGUCCAGCGUCCCAAGAUGCCACAGCCUCAGCAUUAAACUCGUAGAAAACUCGCUCGGAAUCGUAGAUGUAAUGAAAGACAAGGAAAUCGAAUAUCUCGCGGUGUACAACAUGUGCGACGACCACACCAAGCAGGCAGCGAAGCUUGCCAAGGAAUGGAUCCGGCUUGCUAACCUGACUGAGGCUGCGCGAAAGUAUUGGCUAAACCAGCAGAAGUCUCUCUUAGUGGGGUCUCAAGCCUUGUGGAAAGCGUAUGCUGAGUUUGCGGCUGCUGAGAUUCGACGAAUACUCGCGCAAGAUGAGAUUGCAGUUCGGGUAGAGAAAGAGAAGACCGAACUCUACAAUGAGUCGCAGAAGACUGUAAAUCAGUUGCGGACGAAGAUCGACAGCAUUGAGAGUGAGGUCUUCUCAGCCGAAGGACUCAACGAGCCAUCUAAGAAAACCCUUACAAAGUAUCUCGAUGAGAUCUCCGCUCUGGAAAAGCAGAUCAAUAAUCUCACGACCGAGAACUCUUCACUCAAAGAAGCCCGAAAGUCAACUGAAGAUGUACUCGCGAAAGAGAGGGAACGCGACCAGCGUGAUCUUUUGGACACGAAAGAUCUCUACAAAGUGUCUCAAAUGACCGUUGAAGCGCUUCACACGGAGAUUUCCGCUUUGACUUCCAAGGUUAGCGAUCUGACGACCGAGAAUUCUUCCCUCAAAGAGGGCCAAGAAGCAGCUGAAGACGCUCUUGUUAAAGAGAGGAAACUCGGCCAGCAGGACCUUCAAGACGCGAAAGGGCUCUAUGAGGGCUCUCAAAAAACCGUUGAAGCGCUUCGCAAGGAGGUUGACGCUCUGAACUCGUGUAUCAGCGAGCUGGCAACUAAAGAAUCUUCGCUUAAGAAUUCGCUAGAAUCAACGCAAGAUGCGCUGACCAAGGAGAAGGUGCGCAGUCGAGAGCUUGAGAUCAGGCUUGAAGAGAGGGUGGCGCUGGGGAUCAAGACACAUGACUCGCCUGAGACGAAGCUCGAGAAGUACCUACGCGAGGAGCUAGACAAAUCUCAGCGUCAUGUUCUGCAGCAGCAGAAGGACCUCGAAAAGUUGCGGGACGACCAUGUGCGACUUCAAAUCACAAAUGCGACUCUCGAGAGCCAGGUCAAACAGAUUGAAGCGACCAAGGAGGACCUCAGCCGUGCCUCUAAAAGAGAAUUUCAAGAGCUUGUCGAAAAGAAUUCAGAUCUUUCGAACCAAUUAUACUACACAAAGGCUGAGUUUGAGCAGCUGAAGGCCACCGUGGCGGCUACGGAAAAGGAAAAUGAAGGAGAGGCGUCAAAGUCAAAAUUCAGUCUAAGAGACAUCUACAGAAGGCCAAAGCACGAGACUUCUAGGCUGCUGACACCGCCCACGGAUCAGUGAUCCCUUUGUAAGAGACAUAUGCUUGUCUUUGAACAUUAUCUGUUGUAACGCCAAUUCUUUGGCCAAAAGGCAGAGGUUAGUUCUCUCGGAUAUCUUUCGUAGUCAUUGUUUGUUACAUGUAAAACAUACUGCAAAUGUAUAACAAG